UCCUCUGUUUCACCCAAAAUUAGAAGGAGGGAGCCCAAGAAAAUUUUCUGUUUGUUUCUCGGGAAAAAAAUGGUGACGCCUAACUUAUCAUACGAGGAGUCUCGCCGGCAGCGAAUGGAGGAAAACAAGAAGAGAAUGGAAGCUCUGAAUCUGCCUAUGCUUGCUCAAUCUCUUAAAAAAAACCCAAAUUCUCCAAAACCCUCCCCUAUGAAGCGCGCGAAGGCCCGCACGGUGGAGAAGCAGCUGGUGGAGGUGAGGAGGUCCUCCCGGGUGGCAAAUCUUCCGACCCCAGUCUACAAAGAAGUGGUUGUGGUGGAUCGGGAGAUGAGGCCCAGAAGGUAUUCUACUAAUAGACAUAGGGAUUUGUCGAACCGGGUUUAUGCUUCGGAUGAGGCCAGAGAUGACGCCACUGCGAGAGCUGAGGCAUUAGAGUCCGGUUUGGGAUCCAGUUACCCGACCAUGGUGAAACCGAUGCUGCAAUCCCAUGUCACUGGUGGAUUCUGGCUGGGUCUUCCAAAAUAUUUCUGCAGCAAGAACCUCCCGAAACGUGAUGAUAUUGUGACUUUGAUAGAUGAAGAUGAGGAUGAGUGCAAGGUUAUAUACUUGGCUGAGAAAAGAGGACUCAGUGGUGGAUGGAGAGGGUUCGCAAUUGAUCAUGGUUUGGUGGAUGGGGAUGCAUUGGUCUUUCAACUAAUUCGGCCUAAAACACUCAAGGUGUACAUUAUAAGGGUGGAAAGAGCUGAAUAGGGAUACAAGCUUUAACUAUUGUCAAUGUUGGGUUUUUUGCGGUCAUUGUUGCCGAGGUGAAGCAAUCGUGUGCAAUCAUAUUUUUGAAUGUUCUCCGGUGUCCCUUUUAAGACCUGUAUGAAGAACCCACGAAACGAACAAAUAUGAAUGAACAUCCGAUUUACUCUUA